UGUUAGCUCGAGCCUCAAGCGUGCGCCUCAUUGAGUCCCGGAAUAAAGUCAGCUUGAACACUAAUAUUUAAACUCAUAGUAUUUUUUUUAAACAGCGCUUUUAUCUUUUUUUCAUGAUAGUAGCAGACACGUAAUGCAUCCUGAGCCAUUACAGGAACUUCUUUGAAAGUCAAAAUGUCUUUGGCAACAACAUGCAGCAGGUCAGUCACAUCUGUCAAACGUGCUAUCCUGUGCUCUGUGACGAAAACCUCCCUGUUGUUUUCAGCUAACAACUCAGUUACUGCUGACCAAGGGAAACUACCAUCAAAGAAAAGAUGGAGUAAAAGUCACAAGAAAGUUCCCAGGGCUGACCAUCUGUCCUGGGAGGAAAGAUUGGCUGAUGUGGUCACCCCUCUGUGGAGACUGAGUUAUGAUGAGCAGCUUGAGCUCAAGCAAAAGAACCAGGAGAGGAUACUGUCUCAGCUUUCAGGGCAUCUUUUAGGUGACUUCCAGCCACAUUCGUCAUCACCUGUCAGAUGCAGCCUCAGCUUUCCUGUCCUUCCUAUUCUGCCAUCGCCGGUUAGAGAUGGCUACCGCAACAAGUCUACGUUCUCUGUCAACAGAGGAGUGGAUGGAAAUCAAAAGACAGUUGGGUUUUACGUGGGCACAGGUAAGGAGGGAAACAUUGUCUGCGUCAAUGGAGAUCAGCUGCUCAACAUGCCAGAGAAGCACAAACUAGUAGCAAGAUGCUACCAGGACUUCAUCCGCCUGUCCUUGCUGGAGCCUUGCCUGCUGUUCCACACUGGAGGUCACUGGAGAGAGGUAACAGUGAGGACCAAUGCAGAGGGCCACACCAUGGCUAUAGUGUACUUUCAUCCUCAGACGCUCACCCCAGAAGAAGUGGCUGUCCAUAAGGCUGACCUGGUGGAUUAUUUCACGCAUGGUCCGGGAUCAGUGUGUCAUCUGGACUCCCUGUUCUUCCAGGAGAGCACCAUGACUCGUUGCACCCAUGAGGAAUCACCUUACCAACUCCUGCAUGGCAGAACACAUAUAUAUGAAGAGGUGCUCGGCUUCAAGUUUCGCAUCUCUGCCGAUGCCUUUUUUCAGGUGAACCAGGCAGCUGCUCAGGUGCUGUAUAGCACAGUGAGAGACUUGUGUGCCCCAAUAGCUGACCAAACUGGAGGACAAAAAAAAGUUGGUGGUACUCUUCUAGAUGUGUGCUGUGGAACGGGUGCUAUUGGCAUCACGAUAUCUCCCAGAGUGGACAGAAUCAUCGGUGUAGAGCUCAUAGAGCAGGCGGUGGAAGAUGCUACACACAACGCAGCUCUUAAUAAUGUCCUGAACUGUGAGUUUAUCGCUGGGAAGGCAGAGGUGGUGCUUCCUGGUCUCAUGUCUCAGCUGAGCUCUGUAGGCAGAGGCCUCACAGCUGUGGUAAACCCUGCUCGAGCUGGCCUCCACCACAAAGUGAUCCGUGCUUUACGAAACCAACCUGCUAUCCGUAGGCUGGUUUAUGUUUCCUGUAAACCAAAUGGGGAGGCUAUGAGAAACUUCAAGGAGCUCUGUUGUGCUCCCGACCCGAAGAAGAAACUCACAGGAGAAGCAUUUACUCCAAUUCUGGCUGUGCCUGUGGACAUGUUCCCACACACUCCUCAUUGUGAACUGGUGCUACUUUUUGAGAGGUAGCAAAUGUUUUUUUUUUGUUUGAAAGUGUGCCUUUACAGGAAUGACUUUGGCUUCUUCUGAUAACAAGCAGGCAGCUGAAUAAUGGUAUUCUGUAUGCUGGAUGACAACGGAAGUGCUUGUGAACACCUGCAAAAAUCUUCCACCCAUAGUUCAUCCAUGCAUGUUGUUUGCACUCAUCUGCUUGAUAAGACCUCCUUUCUUGGUAUGCAGGGCCUUUGCUCUGCUCUAACAGAUUGUGGUUUAUUAUGAAAUUUGAACAGUAUAAUAGUGAAAACUGUGAAGUGUCUGUAGUGUCCCUGUAGCAGCUGUAUUUGGGCAGCAGGUGGCGCCAUUACAGCUUAUUCACAUUUUCAUUCAAAAAACCUAAAACAUAUGUUGCACAAUUCUUGUCAGUUCAUCCUAUUCAUUUCCAGUUCACUGAAGUUCAUAACACAAUGAGUUACUGUUCAGUGACAGUAUUUGUUCCAGAGAGGUUAUUAACGUUUAUGUGAAGUCAUGCAUUGCCACAAAGUGGCCGUGACUUGAAGAUAGUGGGGAUUUUUUUCCUCUGGGGUGAUGAUUUCAUGUAUGAAAUCAUUUGUGCCAAUAUAAGCAGAAGGACAAGGAAUGAAUUUUUAGGUUAUUUGGUUCAAAUCAGUGCACAUAUUUUAGUCCUUUCUGCUUCUGUUCUUGCAAACUUUAAGUUGUUCACAAUACAUUUCUAUGCUGUAUUGGCCAAAUUAUUCAUUAAAAGAUGUAUAAUGUUACACAAUAAUCACAUCUUGGCUGCAAAGUUUUACAAAAAGUCCCUAAGAUGCUUUUGUCUAUUUUGCCUUUGACUUUAAUUGUUUGCUGAUUUCAACAUCUGGAAAAAAGAUGUUUUGGGUUUUUUUGGGGGUUAAACUAUAUGCUUAAAUAAAGGAUGCAAAAAGUUACAAUUACAACAUUACAAGUUUCACACCAACUCCCUCCCUGUCUAUUCUGCCCCUGAUUACCACUGACUGCUGAUUUCAACAUCUGGAAAUAAAACUAUUAGUGUUUGGGCUAGAUUCGAUGCUUUAAAAAAGGAUGCAAAAAGUAACAGACAGUUACAACAUUACAAGUUUCACACCUCUGACUACCACUGACGGCUGAUUUCAAUAUCUGAAAAAAAUCUUUUUUGUAUGUUUUUCACUGGAAAAUGUUUUGCAUCCACCAAAACUUGGAACAUUUUGGCAACAGUUUACAACCAUGAAGUCAGACUAAACAUUUGAAAUCAUUCACCAAAGCUUGCAAAGCAUCAAAAAUUACCACUAAACUUUGCAUUUUGCUUAAAUAAUAGAUGUAAAAAGGUCACAAUAAUUACACAUUGGCUGCAAAGUUUCACACCAACCCCCCCUUAUUUUUCUCUGUUCCGCUAUGAUGCUUUGUGUCUAUUCUGCCUCAGACCACAACUGACUGCUGAUUUCAACAUCUGAGAGAAUUUUUUUUGUAUCUCUAUUGGAUAAACUUUUGCAAAAGUUAGAACACUCUGACCACAGUUUGCAACAAUGAAGUCAAACUAGACUUAUGAAAUUAUGCACUGACACUUGAAACACCUCAUUAUUUUGAAGAACGUGCCUUUAUUCUGGCAAACUAACAAAGUUGAACAUUUAAAAAAAAAAAAAAAGUUCACUAUGCGUUUCUGUGGUUUACUGGCCUAAUCAGGUGCAUAACAGUCACAUUUUGGCUGCAAAAUUUCACACCAGCUUCUACUUAUUUUCAUCUGUUUGUUUUUUAAUGUCUGAGAACAAAUAAAUCUUUUUGUGUGUAUGCUUUUAA